AUGAAGUGUGCUGUACCGUCUUGCAGAAAAGACUUUCAUUCCGUUUUAAGACCUAUGCACUCGAAACAUCGUUUCCCGAUAAAACAUAACAGGCGCUUGCAGUGGAUCAGAUCUAUAGUUGUAGCGGAAAAUGAUAUGUUGCAACAAGGUAUCAACUUCGAAACUGCCAGGAUAUGCUCUGAUCACUUCACACCGGAAUCAUUUAAGGAAUUAGAAACCAAGAGAACGCUCCGUAAUACAGCAGUUCCUACGUUAUUUGGAAGUGAUGUUGCAAAGGUCGGUAACUCGACCGCUUUGGCCUCUUCGAUCGCUUCGACUGUACCACCCACUGAAUAUGAAAUGCAUCUUAAAAGUAUUCAGAAUCCAGCUGUGCCGUCCUUGCAAUCUAGAUCUACAGGAACUGUUAGGUACAUAGGAGACAUCACCACGAAUACCACAGGGGAUCAGUUGGUAGCUGCUGUUCCAAAAAUAAAAUCACAGUUUGCACGAAACCAGCACACAAUCAAACUAUUAAGGGCUCAGAACAGAAGGCUGAAUGAUAAGAUGACAAGUAUGGAACAAUUGAUGUCGACUCUCAAAAAAAAGCAGCUUGUUGAUGACUUCGAAAAUAAUCCACUGCAGGUGAAUUUCAACUUAAUUAUUAGUUUUAAUCUCGGUGUUAAUAUGUAUUUUCUUGUGUAA